UAAAACUAUAGUGGCAGUUGUCUUUUUGCACGUUUUAAAUAUAUAUUUAAAAACGUCUGUUGAAAAGUUUAGAAGAUUAGAGAAGAGAUUGGUUUUUCCAAUGACACAAUACAUACAGUUGUAAAGGAGUGAUUUUCCGUCGCUGGCUGUGCCCUCCGAGAGUCUCCCUAUAUCAUGGUCGGUUAAUUGGAAAUAUUUUAUUCAUUAGGUCCAAACUGCGAACUAUUCGGAUUUAGAAAACAAAAAAAACGGCUUGAACAUUUGCAUUACAUAUUUUAAGGCAUAUAUUUCUCGUUUAAGUCCAAAAUAUUUAAACAUUUUCAAUAUAUAGCUAAUAUGUUGCUUAUGAUUCGAACGAGGAAUAGGAAAUCAAAGUAUUGCAAAACUAGGAAGAAACCCAACAUUUUAAUUUAUGUAUAGCUUAUCAUUAUUUUCUAUUAAGACUGACUUAAUAGUACCUAUAUGUGGCAUUCAUAUUGUCGGUCGUUAUAGAAUACUUGGUGAUAAUAGCAGUGAAGUAUUUGAAAAUCAACUUGGAUUUGGUUUGUGGAUUCAUUGUUCAAUUAUGCCUUCCUAUGAAUUGGCUAUGUUGACUCGCAGUUUAUCCAAGCCUGAUAUGGUCUCUAUUCUUAAGCGCACUGCUAAUGCAAUAUUUGAUUGUGGUGGUAUUAUAAGGAGUAUAGAAAAUUUAGGGAAAAGAGCAAUGCCCUACAAAACCAGUAGUCAUGGAGCAGUUCACAGAGAAGCCAACUAUUUUGUGUUGAUGUUUGAUGCACCUCCAUCUAAGCUGGAAGAUUUGAAAAGAGAUUAUAAUAGAGAUGUUGAUAUUAUACGAUCUAGAAUUUUCAAGGUCCAGCCUCAAGAUACGAAUCAUGAAUGUAAUAUUCAAGAAGAAAUGAAACCUGCUCCAUACAGAUCUGAAGUAAUAAAGCUGAUAGAAGAGAUAAAGAGGAAAGAAGAAAAACAAACUAAAUUUAAGUAUAACACAGGAUUUGAUUAUUAUCCAUUCCAAAAGUGAAAUAUGGAAUUCAGAAAUGUUUGUUGAUGUCUGUAAAUAAAUUGUAUUAAUACUAGUUUUAAUUUAGGUGUUAAAUAAAUAAUAUUUACAUAU